AUGACAGAUCUGAUCGUUCUAAGAGAAGAUCUAGAAGAGCAUAUCAAACAAGGGGAGCUUGAGGACAAGGGGCCGACCCACCAGGCCCAGGCUUGGCUCAGGGCGGUGCAGGAGAUCGAGUCCAGGGCGGCCGAUUUCCGGGUUUCCUUCCAGCAGAGGGGGGCCUCCUCUGAGGGCUCUUCUUGGCGGUCCUCCUAUAAGCUCGGUUGUGAAGCUGCCGAGUGCCUGAAAGAAGUCCAGAGGCUGAAGACCCAAAAGAACAAUCUCCUCCCCCAACUCAUCCCGGCGCCGCCGCCCGCGGUGGUUCCGCAGCCGAUCUCUUCAGCCUCCAUCGUGGACGCGGAGAAGACGUUGUCGGAGAUCCGCAGCCUCCUGGAAGACAAUGAAGCGCCAGUCAUCGGGAUCUACGGCUUGGGAGGAAUAGGGAAGACGACCCUCUUGAAGGCGAUCAACAACGAGCCCGCCAGUCGAUUCGAUCUAGUGAUUUGGGUAACCGUCUCCAAUGAACUUGAUAUCCUGAAGGUUCAAGAGGACAUCGCCGUCCGGUUGGGCUACUCUCGCCCCGGAAAAGGCCAGGGCCAGACCCUCCUAGCGCAUCCAACCGACAGGGUCAACACCCUACUGAGCGCCCUCUCCAGGAGGAAUUUCCUUCUGCUGCUGGACGACCUGUGGGAGAAACUAGAUCUCGAAGCUGUAGGAGUCCCCUUCUCUUCCUCUUUCAGGAACGGAAGUAAGGUAUUCUUCACCACACGAUCAGAGAAAGUGUGCAACGAUAUGGACGCUCAUGGGAAAGUUAAGGUGCCCUUGUUGAAUUCAGAGAGCUCUUGGACGCUCUUCUGCGAAAAGAUAGGAAAAGGAGAAGACCAGUGGAAUGAUCUCUCUAUAAGGUCUCUCGCAGAAGCCGUUUGUCAAAAAUGCGGAGGCCUUCCGAUCACCCUCAUCACCGUAGGCCGGGCCAUGGCGGAUGGCACCACCCAUGGCGAGUGGAAAGAGGCUCUCAUGGCGCUGAAGGGCAUACCCGUGGAGCUCGGAGACAUGACAGAGGUUCUAAUUCUUCUCGAGUUCAGUUUCGACAGAUUGUAA